AGGCGCCGCUCCAACACGCACACACCCUGUCCGUCACGGGCACACACACUCUCUCGCUCACCAUCACCAUCACCAUCACCAUCACCAUCACCAUCACCUCCGGAGCCAGCUCCGAGGCAGAAGGGAAGACGCGGCUGAGCAGAGCAGAGCAGCAGUCCAUGGCGUGCCGCCGGAGCGCGGCGCUGCUGUGGCUGUGGGCGGCGCUGCUCCUGCGCCUCGCAGCGGCGGCGGCGGUGGUGGGCGGGCCGGUGUCGCGGGCGGAGGAGGCGAGGCUGUUCCACAUAUACUACGGGCAGGGGUUCAAGGUCCUCAAGAACGCCUGGGACGGCAAGAGCUACCUCCUCAUGCAGAGCACGUCCAAGAUGGCGAGCAAGACGAGGUACUGCACGGGGAGGAUCAAGUCCUUCGUCGUCCCCCUCGCCAACUUCUCCCUCGACACCACCGCUUCUCCGGUGUCCUUCUUUGAGCUACUUGGAGUGCUGGAGAACUUGAAAGGGAUAACAUCACCUCAGGUGGCUUCCCAGUGCCUGCUCCAGGCAUAUGCAAGUGGAAAUGUGCAACUUAUCAACACGACAGACACAGGCAAACUCUCGCAGUUUCACGCGCAUUUCGUGAGCACGGAUCAAGAUAAAGGUUGCAACUUCGCAGCUUAUGUGCCCUCUGAAGAGGACACGCCGUUGCAGAGGGCCGAGUGGAUCAAGUACCUGGGAACGUUCACGAAUUCUGAAGACAGGGCCAAUGCUGUAUAUGAUGCAAUCAAGACAAACUACCUGUGCUUAAGCAAAGCAGCUGCUGCCCUAAGCACCCGAUUCAAACCUGUAGUGGCAUGGGUCGAAUUCACAGAGGGAGUAUGGACAUUUGUCAGAGAAAGUUACAAGUUACAGUACGUCAAAGAUGCAGGAGCAGAGAUUGUGGAUGCAACUAUUACCGAUAAGAGGUUCAAGGUUUCAGAUCCAGAGGACAUGGACAGCUUACAUGCCAUUCUUUGCACGGUGGAUGUGGUCAUAGAUCAGACAUAUGCCUCGGAUCCUGCAGAGUACAAGCUAUCCACAUUUUUGGACAAUAUUGAUGUGGGCCGUGACUCUUGUUUCAGUUUCAUAACUAACCAAAGCAUAUGGAGAUUUGAUAAAAGAAUAGGAAAUUCCAAGACACUUGAUUGGUCAGAUGGAGCUAUCUCCCAGCCCCAGUUAGUUCUUGCUGAUCUGAUAGAAGCUUUCUUCCCAACGGGGAACUACACAACAAUUUACUUCAGGAAUCUCGCAAAGGAAGAAGGGGUCAAAGAAAUUGGCCCUGAAAUGUGCACUAGGAGCAUAUCCACGCCCAUGGAGCCUACGAUCCUGCCCUGCCAAUGACCACCUUAGAUGAACAUUAAGACGAUUCAAGCUACCAUGCUCGCAAACAGUGCAUGCUUAUUAGUGGGAGUGUUUAAUUUCUAGGUUACUGACAAGGUGACUUGAUCGGCAGUGUUUUGUUAAGUGUGUUGCAUCACUAUACUCAUUAGUCGUCAAUUAACUUUUUUUUCCAAGAGCAGCAGUUGUACCUUUAUCUGCCGAUCGUUUUGAUAAAGUGAUCACAGAUCAAUACAAACUUGUUUUAGGAAUAUCACUUGAGAAUGACAACUAUUCUUGGUACAAA